CUUGAAAGCUGCCGCAUCAGCAUUUGAAUGAGUUUCUUGCUGUUUCUUUUUGGCUUGCCUAACUCUUCACUUUGCUUUCUUCGUUUGCCACACCAUGGCUCGCGGCUUCAAAUCCCCUGCUGCUCAAGUACCACUGCCUAAAGUGUCAUUUAUUAUCGUCCAGGAUGAUGAUAUCAACCAACCUGCUGGAGUGCACGACCUACAAGCUAGAUCUUAUGGAUACAACGACUUCACUGAAUUCCUGAGACCGGAUCAUUACAUUCGGUACAUCGAGCCUCUUGAGAAAGACCUUGCCAUUCAGGUAGAAUAUGACAUGGACGACCAAGAUCAGGAAUGGCUUGACGCAGCGAACGUUGAAAGGAAGAAAGAUCAACUGAAUGCGGUCACGUACGAGACUUUUGAGAUUAUCAUGGAUCGCCUGGAGAAAGAGUACUUUGAUUUGACCAAGAAUAUACCCAAAUCUGAUUAUGCCAUGCCUUCUGAAGAUUCGACUUGCGCCAUUUGUGACGAUUCCGAGGGAGAAAACAGUAAUGCUAUCGUAUUUUGUGACGGCUGUAACCUCGCUGUUCAUCAGGACUGCUAUGGAGUCCCGUACAUACCCGAAGGCCAGUGGUUAUGUCGCAAGUGCACCGUCUCCCCUGAGAAUCUAGUGUCAUGCAUACUUUGCCCCAACGAGGGGGGAGCGUUCAAACAAACAGUAUUUGGUGACUGGGCCCAUCUUCUGUGUGCUAUUUGGAUACCCGAGACGCGGGUGGCAAAUGAGGUAUUCAUGGAGCCUAUCACUGGAUCUGACAAAAUUCCGAAGCAGCGCUGGAAAUUAAAAUGCUCAAUAUGUGGCAUUCGCCAGGGUGCAUGCAUCCAAUGUACAAAGAACUCAUGCUUCCUGGCCUUCCACACAACCUGCGCUCGCAAGGAAAGGUUACUCAUGCCAAUGAAGAGCUCGCAGGGAUCUGAACCUGGUACGCUGGCAUGCUAUUGCGAGAAGCACCUUCCUAAAGAGCAGCAAGACGUUCGCCUAAAAGCUCUUGCACAAGACGGCCAGAUGACUAGCCCCAGUUCCAAGCUGUCCAAAUCUGCUCGUGCAUAUGCCAAAACUUACAAGACCGGCCCACCGCUUGUGCCACACAUCAUUGUUGAACGCAUUCUGAAUUAUAUCACUAAGGUGAAUGUGCGCAAGAAAAACGAAUUUGUAUAUAUGCUGUUGAAGAGACUGCAUCUCGAACCAUGGACAGCGUCAAACUCGGGGAAAGUACAGACCGAAGAGGAAAAGACUAUGAAACUAGAGUACUUGAAAAAUCUGCGCAGAGAUCUGGAGUCUGUUCGUGAAUUGACGCUACAAACUCGCAGACGGGAGAGCCGGAAGCUUGCACAGACUGAGAGCAUCCAGAAAGUGCUCGAGAUUGCACUCUUCCCUCACGAGGCACUACUCCGGCUUGCGUUUGAGAAGGUUCUUGCUCUUGACCGUCACAGUCUCUUCAAGCAUCCGGUAUCAAGGACGGAGGUCCCCGACUACUAUGAUGUCGUGAAAACGCCCAUGACCUGGGAUGCGAUCGAUGGGAAGCUUGAUCGUCACGAGUACUGGGACCUAGAGGGUUUCAAGAGUGACAUCGAGUUGGUACUGUCUAAUGCAAUCCUGUACAACAAGCCUGGUACAUCUUUCUACAAGACCGCACAAAGAAUACAAAUAAGCAGUCAACCCAUCCUUCAGGAACUCAAUUCCCUGGCCUACAAUCACUCACCCCUUACUCCCCCUGAUCCUUCCGACUCCUCCGUUCUCUCCCAGGUGUCAAUCGGAGACCUAGAACCUUUGAUGGAAACACUCCAGCUACUGACGUCGACUCAAGACAUUCAAGAUAACACUAAUCUUCUUCUUCAUACCGAUCCCAUCUCAUCACUAUUCAGCUUCGAACUUCCGCUCGUGAAGCCCCCACCGCCUCCUGCCCCAGCUCCAUCUCCUCCACCGCCUCCGAAAUCCAAGGUAUCCAAAAAGAAGCGCAUACCCAAAACUGUUGAACCUGGUCCUCUGGACACCUCCCCAGGCUUCCGUGCCCCGCGAACUCGCCGAGCUCAUGCGGCAGCCGCAGCUUUCGAGGCUGAGGCUGGCUUUGAACCCGAACCUCAAUCCACUGCCGAACCUGAGCUGGGAAUAAUCGAGGGUGAUCAGAAAGUAGCUUCUGAACCACCAAAGAAACGACGCCGGCAGAGUGCAAUGCCUGGGCAAGCAGAAACGCCACCCAUGGUCACAGAUGUAGACAGUCAGGGAUUAUUCAAAAUGUUUGAUGCCGGAUGGAUUUUACCGUCGGGACAACGGAGGGGCGGACGCCAGCCCGUAGAGAGGGCUCCACUUCCACCUAAGAAAAAGAAGAUGGAUCGUGGGAUGUCGAGGUUGUCUGUAUUCAGCACAAACGCAUCAGAUAAUCAGACUCUGGACGAGAUUUCUGGGCCUUCUGGCUUGUCUGUAGAAGAGAAAGUGGAGAUGGAUGUCAAAUCUGGAGUAAUGUCCGAGGCGAGUGCUGCUGCCCCUGACAUGGAUGCGCAGGCAGAGUUAGACCAUGUCAUCAAUGAAGAGAUGGAGGCACCCAUGGCUCUUGAUAUUCCAGAGAAGCACCAGGAGGAAGAAUUGGAGAGGCAGCUACUAACAGAACCCGAACCUCAACCGGAAGUUCAACCGGAGAGGCAACUACUACCAGAACCUGAACAACCCGAACCUCAACCAGAAGUUCAACCGCAGGUAAUAAUCCAGCUAAAGGUCACAGAGUUAGAAAAGGAUAGGGAGGAGACACGAUCAGAGUUAGAAGCGCGUAUAGCCAAGAUCCCCGUACGACCAAACACGAAGAUCAAUGUCGAAAACGGGAAGAUUGUCGUGGAGGAGUUAGACACGCCCAAACUUCGGCGGGAAAAAGCAAGGCAGCGGAAAGCAGAAAAGGCGGCUGCGGCGGCAGCUGCAGCUGCAGCUACCCAAGGCCUUCCGCAAGCCAACGCUGAGAUCCCGAAAACCAACGUCGGGACCACUCAAGAUGACGUAUCCGAUUUAUCUUCUCUGAGCGAGCUGGACAGUGAUACUGAUGAGAAGCCUGUGACACGGGGCGAGGCGACUACAUCCAAUACCAUACCCGACGUAAAGCUCGCUGGAACGCGUCAACUGCAACGCGCGCCAGCCAAUCUCGUUACCACAGGGAAAGCGCUUGUUGUCCUUGAACCGGGAAAACAGUUAGAGUGUGGCACUCUUGAUACGUAUCCAUGGUGGCCUGCAGUCGUUUGGGAGCCAGAUGACCCAUCGAUUCCAGAAGACGUCAAGAAGAAGAAACCUCAAGAUCAUUCUCGUCAUAUCGUACAAUUCUAUGAUCCCACAAGUUCAUGGACAUGGGUCACCACUGGCCAUAUGUUGUUACUGGGUGAAGAUAAUGCGGUCGAUGCUUCUCUACUUUCGCCAACUUCGGUGGUCCAAAAGUGGAAAACCCCCAGGAUUAAGAAACAAUGCCGGGAAGCUUUCCAGCGCGCCCUGGCAGAGAUGGAAACGGAUGCAGAUUUACUUGCUCAUGAAACGGAGGAUGUUGCGACUGAGGUUACAAGCGCUGGUUCUAUGAAAGAGCCAGGUUCCACUGAUGUUCAUAUGGCUAUGCCAGUCGAGCAAUCCGCUUCAUGAGUGGGGGCUUCUUUCUGUACUUUUGCGCAAACAAGUAACAGACUGGUCGUCAGACAUGAAUAUACUACAGAGACUGUACCAAGUCUCAACCCGUGAUCCGGGCUCCACAUUUUCUCAAAAGACCGCUAGGAAACACGUUGCUUUAUGAGAUGGCCAAGAUUUUUUCUGGUGAUCACGGUCGCACUGUUGGUAAAGCAUAGUGAGACAGACACAAGAGAUAGACGUGUAGGUACUUGCAUAAACAGCUGUUUUGCA